CCUCUCCCCCUCCUUUUGCUGCGAAAGCAUCAGGAAACAAGCAAACGCAUGAAGCAACAAACAAGGCAACCACUAUUGAAUUUCCUUGAAGAAAAAAAAAACAAAAAAACCCCGGCAGCCUUGACCAUUCAGAAGAGCCCACGGUGCGGAGAAAACACGCGUCGGGAGAUCAUUUGCUACAUUAAAAGAUAUCGUACACCGCCAGAAGUUUCGAAAAAAUCACGCAGAAGUAACUUCGAGGCCAACACUGCUUUUUUACGGUCUUACUCUACUUUGCUUACAGAACUGCCUUAAGCCCUUAACUUCCUCUCCUUUUGUCUUCUGUUCCUUCUUCUUCUUCUUCUUCUUCUUCUUUUUAUUUUUGUUUUUUUGCUGAAAAAAGAAGAGAAAAAGAAUCCUUCUCGCCUAGCCCCUUCUUUGCUUCGUAUCUUCCUUAAACCAGCAAGAGAAUAUAAGAAGAAAGCCAAAGCCACUGCAGAGAACAUAAGGAGAGAGAAGAAGAAGAAGAAGAGAAAUCACGCUGGGAUUGGAGGUUUUGCUUGAUUUCAAUCAGAAGAUAAGACUAAAGGAGAGAAAAAAGGGAGGAGCAAGGAAGCAGAAUUAAGGGUUGAUAGACCGUGUGAAUCUAAAAGAAUCACACAACCAACCAGCAAUUAAAAAAGAAAUUCUUUUUGUUUAUUACCCUUCUUAAAUAUUCGCGUGCUUCGUACGGUCUAUCCACCCUAAUCUGCAUUUCAGAAAGAAAAAAAGAAAAAGAAAAAGAAAAAGAAAAAGAAAAGAAACAAUCAAACCCCCUCUUCACCCACUCUCUCUUUCAUUCGCUUUAUCGAGAUCUUAUUCAUUUGUUUUUGCUUGGAUUUUGAUUCUGUUUUUGUUUUCUUGAUUUUCUUAUAUUUUACUUUACUUUUCUUUCUUCUCCUUUUAGAGUAUUGAUCACUACUAGUUAAAUUAUCUGAGGUAAUGGAGAGCGAGAGUAAUGGUAGGGUUUCGGGGAUUGGAGGUGGAGGUGGAGGUGGUCCGUCUUACUGGCUUGAUGCAUGUGAGGAUAUUUCUUGUGAUAUUAUAGAUGAUUUUGUUGAUUUUGAUACUUCAAUUGUUCCAGAAUUAUCUGUUGAUAAUAAUUCCAAUGUUAAUAAUGAUUUCUUUGGAGGGAUUGAUCACAUUCUUGAUAGUAUCAAGAAUGGUAGUGGUCUUCCUCCUCUUCAUAAUGCUAGUACGACAGCUAAUGUUUCCAAUGGAAGUCGGGAUUGCAUUGUUGGUGAUGGUUGGUUUAUUAAUGUUGAAAAUGGAGUUUGCCAUGGGAGCUCGGUUUCACAAUCAAAUGGUGGUGAUAAGGACAAUAUUGACAGAAAAGGGCAGGUGGAGAAUGGUGGUAAUGGGUUGAAUUUGUCCAAUGGGAAGAGAGAAGAGAGGGUCUCAAACAAUUUUGUUAAAGAAAAUGGGAAGAAGGAUGAGCAGUCGACGGAGCUAGGUAUUGAUGGUGAUGAAAGGUGCGGUAAAAGGGCUAGACUUUGUUGUUAUAGAAAUGAGAGAGUGUAUUCUAGUAGAGGGCAGCAUGAGCAUAGGGAUAGGGAGAGAUGUUCUAGCAGGAAGAGGUCACGGGAUUGGGAUGAAAGCGACAGAAGGGAUAGGGAUAUUAGUCGAAGAAGAGAUAGAUAUAGUGGUAGUAAUAGGAGGGAUGGUAGAGAUAGGGAUUGGAGGGAAAGAGAACUUAGGGGUUAUUGGGAGAGGGAUCGUUCAGGGUCCAAAGACAUGGUUUUCCGAUUGGGCACUUGGGAAGCUGAUCAUAACAAAGAAGGAAGGGAGGCAAAUGACAAAAUUCAGGAGUGCAAAGGAGAGCUAGAGAAGAAAUCAGAGGAGAGUAAAGAGAAAGUCCCUGAAGAACAGGCCCGCCAGUAUCAAUUGGAUGUUCUUGACCAGGCUAAGAAGAAAAAUACAAUAGCUUUUCUUGAAACAGGGGCAGGGAAGACACUCAUUGCUGUACUCCUCAUCAGAAGCAUUUGCAAUGACUUGCGAAGGCAGAAUAAAAAAAUUCUAGCUGUAUUUUUAGUUCCGAAGGUUCCACUUGUUUAUCAGCAAGCAGAAGUUAUUCGUGAGCGCGGUUACCAAGUGGGCCAUUAUUGUGGUGAGAUGGGUCAAGAUUUCUGGGAUACUCGAAGAUGGCAGCGUGAGUUUGAAACAAAACAGGUUUUAGUAAUGACAGCCCAAAUUCUUUUGAACAUUCUGAGGCACAGCAUAAUCAAAAUGGAAGCCAUAAAUCUCCUCAUUCUGGAUGAGUGUCAUCAUGCUGUGAAGAAACAUCCAUAUUCUCUUGUGAUGUCUGAGUUUUACCAUACAACUCCCAAGGAGAAGAGACCGUCGAUUUUUGGAAUGACAGCUUCUCCUGUUAACUUAAAGGGUGUUUCAAGUCAGGUGGAUUGUGCAAUAAAGAUCCGCAAUCUUGAAAGUAAACUGGACUCAAUUGUUUGUACGAUAAAAGACCGCAAGGAACUGGAAAAGCAUGUACCAAUGCCGGCAGAGGUUGUGGUGGAGUACGACAAAGCAGCUAGCUUGUGGUACCUUCAUGAACAAAUAAAGCAAAUCGAAGUGGCUGUUGAGGAAGCUGCACAGUCAAGCUCGAGAAGAAGUAAAUGGCAAUUUAUGGGAGCUAGGGAUGCUGGGGCCAAGGAAGAGCUGCGCCAGGUUUAUGGUGUCUCUGAAAGAACGGAAAGUGAUGGGGCUGCUAACUUAAUUCAAAAGUUGAGGGCAAUUAAUUAUGCACUUGGUGAUCUGGGUCAGUGGUGUGCUUACAAGGUUGCACAAUCCUUUCUGACUGCCUUACAAAAUGACGAGAGAGCAAACUAUCAGCUUGAUGUUAAGUUUCAAGAAUCCUACCUGGAAAGAGUCGUGUUGCUCUUACAAUGCCAAUUAACAGAGGGAGCUGUUACAGACAAGGAUACAAAAGUUUCAGACUAUGGGAAUGACAAUAUUCAAGAUGGGCCUGGUUUUGAUGAGAUUGAGGAGGGAGAGCUCCCUGACAGUCAUGUUGUCUCUGGUGGAGAACAUGUUGAUGUGAUAAUAGGAGCUGCUGUAGCUGAUGGAAAAGUGACCCCUAAAGUGCAGUCACUGAUUAAAAUACUUCUCAGAUAUCAGCACACGGAGGAUUUUCGUGCGAUCAUCUUUGUUGAGCGCGUAGUAGCUGCUUUGGUUCUUCCUAAGGUCUUUGCAGAGCUUCCAUCUCUAAGUUUUGUUAGGUGUGCAAGUUUGAUAGGGCACAAUAAUAGUCAGGAAAUGAGAACAAGCCAAAUGCAAGACACAAUUGCCAAAUUUCGAGAUGGUCGUGUGACAUUGUUAGUUGCUACCAGUGUUGCUGAGGAAGGACUUGAUAUUAGGCAAUGCAAUGUUGUUAUUCGCUUUGAUCUUGCAAAAACUGUUCUUGCAUAUAUUCAGUCUCGAGGUCGUGCAAGAAAGCCAGGCUCUGAUUACAUCUUGAUGGUGGAGAGGGGAAACCUGUCUCAUGGAGCAUUCUUAAGGAAUGCUAGGAAUAGUGAGGAGACCCUGAGGAAAGAAGCGAUUGAGAGAACUGACCUCAGUCAUCUUAAGGAUACUUCAAGGUUAAUUGCGGUAGAUUCAAUACCAGGAACUGUGUAUCAGGUGGAGUCUACUGGUGCUGUUGUGAGCUUAAAUUCUGCUGUUGGACUUGUUCAUUUCUAUUGCUCUCAGUUACCCAGUGACAGGUAUUCAAUACUUCGUCCUGGGUUUAUUAUGGAGAAGCAUGAGAAGCCAGGAGGUCCCACGGAAUAUUCAUGCAAGCUUCAGCUUCCUUGUAAUGCACCAUUUGAGGAGCUUGAGGGUCCUGUAUGCAGUUCAAUGCGCCUUGCACAUCAGGCUGUUUGUUUGGCUGCUUGCAAGAAGCUUCAUGAGAUGGGAGCAUUUACUGACAUGCUCUUGCCAGACAAAGGAAGUGAGGAAGAAAAGGACAAGGCUGACCAGAAUGAUGAAGGUGAACCACUUCCUGGGACUGCUAGGCAUCGGGAGUUCUAUCCUGAAGGUGUAGCUAAGACACUCCAGGGAGAAUGGAUCUUAUGCGGAAGGGAUGGUUGCAACAACUCCAAAGUGCUUCAUCUCUACUUGUAUGGAGUCAAAUGCUUAAACAGUGGCACUUCAAAUGAUCCAUUCUUGACUCAAGUUUCAAAUUUUGCAGUGCUUUUUGGCAAUGAGCUGGAUGCAGAGGUCUUAUCGAUGUCGAUGGAUCUAUUUAUCGCUCGAACCAUGAUAACAAAGGCAUCUCUUGUCUUUAGGGGUCGCAUAGCUAUUACGGAAAGUCAGGUGGCAUCCCUUAAAAAUUUUCAUGUAAGGUUGAUGAGCAUUGUACUGGAUGUGGAUGUUGAACCUUCCACCACUCCAUGGGAUCCUGCAAAAGCUUAUUUAUUCGUCCCUAUGGUUAGCGAUAAGUCUGUAGAUCCUAUAAAAGAAAUUGACUGGGAUCUGGUUGAAAAUAUAAUUGGAACAGAUGCUUGGAGCAAUCGUCUUCAGAGAGCUCGACCAGAUGUUUACCUUGGUACAAAUGAGAGGACACUUGGUGGAGACAGGAGGGAGUAUGGUUUUGGGAAAUUGCGACAUGGAAUUGCUUUUGGACAGAAACCUCAUCCCACUUAUGGGAUCAGGGGAGCUGUAGCACAAUUUGAUGUUGUGAAAGCUUCUGGAUUGAUUCCUAAGAGGGGAUGGGAUGCAACUGAGACGCAAAAACUGGAGCUGACCAAAGGCAAAUUGAUGAUGGCUGAUACUUGUGUCAAUGCUGAUGCUUUGAUGGGGAGAAUUGUAACAGCUGCUCACUCUGGGAAGAGGUUUUAUGUGGAUUCCAUAUGCUAUGAUAUGACUGCAGAGAUCUCAUUUCCAAGAAAAGAGGGUUAUCUCGGUCCUCUGGAGUACAGCUCAUAUGCUGAUUACUACAAGCAAAAGUAUGGAGUUGAAUUGAAAUUUAAGCAGCAGCCUUUACUAAGAGGACGUGGUGUUUCAUACUGCAAGAAUCUCUUAUCUCCUCGGUUUGAACACUCAGAUUCAAAUGAAGGCGAUGCUGAAGAGAAUCUUGACAAGACUUACUAUGUAUUUCUUCCUCCUGAGCUGUGUCUAGUGCACCCUCUUCCUGGAUCACUUGUUCGAGGUGCCCAGAGAUUACCAUCGAUAAUGAGGAGGGUUGAAAGCAUGCUGCUCGCAGUUGAACUUAAGGAUAUAAUAAAUUAUCCAGUCCCUGCUUCAAAGAUCUUGGAAGCCUUAACUGCUGCUUCAUGCCAAGAGACAUUCUGCUAUGAAAGAGCAGAGCUUCUAGGAGAUGCUUACCUGAAAUGGGUGGUUAGUCGAUUUCUUUUUCUGAAGUAUCCCCAGAAACAUGAGGGUCAACUUACUAGAAUGAGGCAACAAAUGGUAAGUAAUAUGGUUUUGUAUCAAUAUGCACUUAACAAAGGACUUCAGUCAUAUAUCCAAGCAGAUCGCUUUGCUCCAUCUCGAUGGGCUGCUCCUGGAGUGUUGCCUGUCUUUGAUGAGGAAACAAAAGAUGGAGACUCGUACAUAUUUGAUCAGGAGAAGUCACUUGCUGAGGAUAGAACCGGAAUGAAUCAUCUUGAUGAUGGGUAUGAAAAUGAAAUUGAAGAUGGUGAACUUGAGAGUGAUGCUAGUUCUUACAGAGUCCUCUCUAGCAAGACAUUGGCAGAUGUUGUUGAAGCAUUAAUUGGUGUUUAUUAUGUUGAAGGUGGGAAAAAUGCUGUUAACCACCUUAUGAAAUGGAUUGGAAUUCAGGUAGAGUUCGAUCAUGAAGAGAUAGAUGGUGCAUCUAGGCCAUUCAAUGUUCCAGAAAGUGUUCUUAGGAGUGUUGACUUUGAUACUUUAGAAGGUGCCUUGGAUAUUAAGUUCAAUGAUCGUGGCUUGUUGAUAGAAGCCAUAACGCAUGCUUCACGACCAUCUUCUGGAGUAUCCUGCUAUCAACGAUUAGAAUUUGUUGGUGACGCAGUCUUAGAUCAUCUUAUUACUAGGCACUUGUUUUUUACAUAUACAAAUCUGCCCCCUGGUCGCCUGACAGACUUGCGAGCUGCUGCUGUAAACAAUGAAAAUUUUGCACGUGUUGCAGUUAAACAUAAGCUUCAUGUGCACCUUAGACAUGGGUCAAGUGCCCUUGAAAAGCAGAUUCGGGACUUUGUUAGGGAAGUUCAAGAUGAACUAUUGAAGCCAGGGUUCAACUCCUUUGGUUUGGGAGAUUGCAAAGCUCCGAAGGUUCUUGGUGACAUCAUUGAAUCCAUUGCUGGUGCUAUUUUUCUUGACAGCGGACGAGAUACAGCGGUUGUGUGGAAGGUUUUUCAACCUCUGUUGCAUCCAAUGGUCACUCCAGAAACCCUGCCAAUGCAUCCUGUAAGGGAGCUGCAGGAACGGUGCCAGCAACAGGCUGAAGGAUUGGAAUACAAAGCCACUCGAAGUGGCAAUUUGGCUACUGUUGAAGUUUUCAUUGAUGGUGUCCAGGUAGGAGUUGCACAAAAUCCACAAAAGAAAAUGGCACAGAAACUCGCUGCUAGGAAUGCACUUGUUGUUUUGAAAGAGAAGGAAACAGCUGAAGCCAAGGAAAAGAGUGAUGAAAAUGGGAAGAAGAAAAGGAACGGCAACCAAACCUUUACCAGACAAACAUUAAAUGAUAUCUGCUUGCGUAGAAAUUGGCCUAUGCCAUCAUAUCGGUGUGUCAAUGAGGGUGGUCCUGCACAUGCAAAGAGGUUUACUUUUGCAGUUCGUGUGAAUACUACUGAUAGAGGAUGGACAGACGAAUGUGUGGGAGAGCCGAUGCCGAGUGUUAAGAAGGCCAAAGACUCUGCUGCAGUUCUUCUCUUGGAACUAUUAAAUAAACGGUACUCAUGAUAGCAAUAAUGGAGCAUCAUUUGCUGAGUUCAAGUAUCUACCUUUCCUUGGAUAAUCCCGCCUAAAAAUUGUGCUGUUCUUGAAUCAUUACCUUCUACUGUAUUUUUUAACAUCAGUAUUAACUGUUUCUUUCGACGCAGUCGAGUAAAAGUGCUCAAAUUUGCGAGACCAAUAACACAGUGGCACUUUUUUUUAGGCCUGCCAAUAAUAGUGAGUUGGUGUCAAGUAGUGUAUAACGAUUGAUUACAGUUUAUACUCAUUUGCUUUUGGAAUAGCUCCAUAAA